AUGUCAUCCUUACCUGUCGAUUCUGCCCUCACCAUGCCCCCCUUCGAGCGCUCUCGGACAGAUCGCUACCCCGACGUAUCCCCCACUUCCAAUGGUCAUCCCAAUCAACAGCCAUACGGCACGGCGGGAUACGUCCACGGCUCGGCACUCUGCUUCAAUCCAGCCUAUCAUCACCAGCUUCAACCCCAGACAUACCAGUACCAAUACACCUCCCCCUUCCCUUCCCAGUUCUCCGGUCCUGGCUCGGCCCACUUCGACACCCAUGAUAUGGGCAUGAUGUACCAGCCCGACCUUCCCCAUCACUUCGACCCGGCGCUAUACUACGGUGCCCUCCCUACUCUGCCCCCUCGCUUCUCGGCGUCCGGAUCGGCUGGUAUGCCCAAUCCAGGUCGGUCAACGGGCUGCAUCUCCCCGCUCGAUUUAUUCGGGUCUCUCCCCACCGCUCAGAGCUUACCAGCAAGCCUCAGUAUCUUAGGCGGAAACAACACUUUCGUUCAGGCGCCAGAGGCGGUAGAUGCGGACGAUGCGGACGUGGGUGGCGCGCCAGAGAUGGGGCUGCAGUACUCUCCCGGGUCCAGUUCGGCCGACUCGCUAGCUGAGAUUGAGGAGGAGCCGGUGCAGGGAAGUAUCGCGAAGAAGGCGAAGACACAGCGGGAAGGAGGGGCAAGCGGCAACGCGGAAAUGCUAUCACCUAGGAUGGAAGAGGGGCCUACGUUGAAGGGAGGCAAGAAGAGGAGCAGGACGGCGCAGGCGUGCGAAAAGUGCCGUGGUAGAAAAGCCAAGUGCUUCGGUGGGCAACCCUGCGAUCGAUGCAUCAAGCGCGGCUUCCAAUGCGAAUUCGCAGCUGUCCGUCCUCGCCCAACUGCCAAACACAGUCCCAAGCCUAGAGUACGGCGUCAUUCAAUGGCAUCUAUCCCUCUCUCAUCCGCAAAUCCUACGUUCAAGCCGUCUACCUCUGCCGCCACGAUCGUCCCCGGACACGCUCACUCACACUCCCUCUCGACCAUCCUUCCCACACCGUCCCUUUUCCCACUCACCGGCCGGGCCCCGGAUACGGCAGCACCGAUCCCCGUCGCCCCGCCAUCAACCCACGCGGGAUCCGCGCUCGGACUCGGCCUGGGUCUUCACUUUGACUUUGAGCUCUCGCCGGCGCCAGCUGAAGACGACGGAGAGGCGGAAGGAGACUCGGACCUCGAGAUGCCGGGCAUGUCAAACUCCUUCUCGGGCUCGGGAUCGGUCACCACGUCCAUCUCGAGCGGAGCGGGCGGUAGCGGCGCAAAUUGGCCUUCUCAGCCAUGGGGUGUGGAGCAGGGGUUGCUGUACAAUUCUGAGCCGAUGAUGACGGAGGACGAUAUCUUUACUUUCUCGCCGGUGCAGAGCAGCCUGGAGUGGGGGGUGGUGGAUACGUCGUCUUCGAUGGCGGCGGGGCCGAACGCAGGCGUUCAUGACGGAAGGGCUGGAUCCGAGGAUGUUGAUGGCGGGGCGAGGUUGGGGGUAUCGGAAUUGAAGGCGAUCAGUGGUGGAAUCUUCGCAGUGCUCAGACUUUGUACAGUAUACACAGCCUCACAGAUAGAUACACAAUUUGCGAGAGUAGUGUCGAAGAGCACGGCCGGCAGGAGCUCGAGGUUGUGGCUGUUUCUCACUUCUCAACCUGCCCAGCGGUCGAUCGAGAUGACCGACAAGCCACGCAGUGCUGUCAUUGCGUCUGACAACGUUGCUAGGUCGGAGCCAAAGACUUCGAAUCAGCUGCUCCAUUGCCCACCUCUGCCGCCAGCCACAGGUGCACCCCAUCGUGGUACUCCCCUCAUCGCCGCCUUCCUCGGUACACUUGCAGAGACCCAUUCUAAGCCGAUCCAGCAGUCCCCCGCCUCACACCCUCCUUCAUUACCGCCCGCUCCUACUCUUCCUGCGACGCUUGGCCUCCUCCUCCCCAUCUCCGUCAGAAAUUGA